AUGUGUUACGGUCUCACAACCGUGCAAGUCAAGGAACUUGCCUACCAGUAUGCAAAGGCUCAAGGAAUUUUACCGAAACCUUGGAAAGAAAAGGAGAUGACAUCAAAAGACUGGCUACUUGGUUUUAUGAAAAGAAAUUCAACAUUAAAUUUAAGAAAACCAGAAAACACUUCUCUCUCUAGAGCGACUUCAUUCAAUCCAACGAAUGUCAGUAAUUUUUAUAGCAAUUUGGAGCGAGUUCUGGAAAAACAUAAAUUUAAGCCCCAUAUGAUAUGGAAUUUAGACGAAACCGGCUGUCUCACUGUUACAAAUCCAGUUUUAGCAACUAGAGGUUCAAAACAGGUCGGGCAAGUGACCUCAGCCGAAAGAGGUAAUUUAGUUACGAUGCUUGGAUUUAUUAAUGCCUCUGGAGGAACAAUUCCUCCCGUUUUUAUAUUUCCCAGAGUGCACUUUAAGGAAAUUAUGCUGAAAGGAGGGUCUACUGGCGCAAAAGGAAUUUCUAAUCCAAUUGGUUGA